CGACGAGACCUUCCGGAUCCGCGACGUGGAGAUCUCCCAGGUUACCAUUAUGGGGAUAAUUCGGCACGCUGAGAAAGCACCGACAAACAUUCUCUACAAAGUGGAUGACAUGACGGCAGCCCCGAUGGAUGUCAGGCAGUGGGUUGAUACUGACGAGGCAGGUGGCGAGAACGUUGUGGUACCUCCAGGAACUUACGUAAAAGUAGCUGGUCAUCUUCGUUCUUUCCAGAAUAAGAAAAGCUUGGUGGCAUUUAAGAUCAUGCCUCUGGAAAAUAUGAAUGAGUUCACCACACACAUACUAGAGAUUGUCAAUGCGCAUAUGAUCCUCAGAAAAAAUCUUAUGUCAGCGUCAAGAGUGCCUCAGUCGUUUUCCUCUGCUGGGAUGGGUGACAUGGGGGGCUAUGGAGGAGGUGGCAGCCUACCAGUGAAUGGACUCACUGCGCAUCAGAGUCAGGUGCUGAACUUGAUUAAAAGCUGUCCUGUCCCAGAAGGUAUGAGUCUUCAAGAGUUGAAGCGUGAGCUCCACAAUAUGAGCAUGUCAACAAUCAAGCAAGCUGUUGAAUUCCUUAGCAGCGAGGGACACAUCUACUCCACUGUGGAUGAUGAUCAUUAUAAGUCAACGGACGCUGAGUGAAGUUACUUCCAGCUGGGUUUAGUUCUAAGCAAAUGCUUGUCCAUUUAUCAAGUUAUCCUGCUGAGCUUUGCGACCUGGAAGGUGAUCUUUGCUCUUUCUAGCCUGUGAAAGUCCCAGUUACUCUGUCAGUGCCUCCUUGGAAUUCAGGGACAAGCAGAACGUAUAGGAUUCUGUUAACUGGACUCGAUUAUAUGCUGUGACCAUGUGACUGAAAGCAUAAACAGACAUGGGAAAAUGGAACUGCUCAAAGCUUCAGAGCCUUCCGUUUGGUUUUGUCAUCUUAGAGGAUGCCUGUGUUAGAAAGAGCCUCUUUCUAAUCUUGUCCUGGGCAGAUUGUCUUUUGUUUCUAGAGCUGUUUCUCCUAACUCAGCUUUCGUUCUGUUUCAUUCACGAAGUGGGUAGCCAAGAGUAAUAUUCCACUAAUGUACAGUAAUCAUGAAUAGAUUUUUAACUGGUUUAGUUUAUGCAUUUAAAUCUAUAUUUGUACUAUGAGGUGAUCUUGUUACUAGAGCUUUUCAAUGUUUCCAAUAAAAUUCUAACUUGGAUAGCCUUGCA